UCUCUGUGGUCGUCUCUUCCAGUCUCCCAGUCCAACAGCAGCCUAAAGAAGCACCGAAGUAGGAGCAUUUUUAGCCCUUUCUUUUGCUGCUUCCGCAACUACAAUGACUACCAUGUGGAGCCACCACCCGCCAACAACAAGACACUUUCUCUGCCCCCUCCUCCAGAGGAGAAUGGCAGUCCUCCUAAGCCUCCAGCCAAGUUCCUCCUGCCUGAGGUCAGCAUAGCCGACUAUGGCAAGAACUGUGUGGUGAUCGACCUGGAUGAAACCCUUGUGCAUAGCUCCUUUAAGCCCAUCAGUAAUGCAGACUUUAUCGUCCCGGUGGAGAUCGACGGCACUGUUCAUCAGGUGUACGUUUUGAAGAGGCCUCAUGUGGACGAAUUCCUCCAGAAAAUGGGGGAGUUGUUUGAAUGUGUCCUCUUCACUGCCAGUUUAGCCAAGUAUGCUGACCCCGUGGCAGACCUGCUGGACCAGUGGGGGGUGUUUCGUGCUCGGCUCUUCAGGGAAUCAUGUGUUUUCCACAGAGGAAAUUACGUCAAAGACCUCAGCCGGCUGGGCCGAGAGCUCCGGAAAGUCAUCAUUGUGGACAACUCGCCUGCCUCGUACAUCUUCCAUCCUGAAAAUGCAGUCCCGGUGCAGUCCUGGUUUGAUGACAUGACAGACACAGAGCUGUUGGAUCUGAUCCCCCUGUUUGAGGGUCUCAGUAAAGAGGAGGACGUUUACAGCCCCUUACAGGCCUUGAGGAACAGGUAGCAGAAAAGGCAGCACCCCAUCAGGUAGAUGUCUCACCUCUCUGCCACGGUCCCGCAGCCCGGCUUCUGUCCUCCAAUCAAAAGGGUGGCCAGUCUGAGCAUUUAAAGGCGAACUGGUUUUAAUCUGGAGAAAAGGACUCUGUGGAUUCUUGCCAUCUGUUGAUUCCUGGACUCUUUCUACAGGACUCCUACUGACAAAAGAUUAUAUUACUGUAUGUAUAUAGUAAAUGUUUCUAUGAGUAAGAUAUGCAGAAAAUAAUUUUUCUAUCAGAGAGAGGCAGUUUUACUAUUCUAUCAAGAUUCUGUCAGGUAAUAUUUUAGUUACUAAAAACAAUCAAAUUCACAGAUCAUAUUUUGUUGUUUUUUUUUCCAAGACUGUGUGAGCUUUAUUUUCUUUUGUGUGUUUUUGUUUUUUGUUCCAACAACUGUGAUUGACCUUCUCUUACAGAAUGAAGUGCCUUCAUUACUGUGCUUAUUUUGUUGUUUCGGGUUAUUGGGUUGGGAUCUCCAGAGACAUUG